UGCAGGUCUUCCGGGUCCUCCUCCAACACUGUUCGAGAUAAAAAUGCUUCGUCCGCAGCGGUGUGGCAAAACUCUUGAUCCAACAUGCUGCGAGCUGUCAUGGAAGCAGAAGAGCAUAUGUGAGCUGGGAGAGCCUUCCAAACCCUGGGGUAAUGACUGAGAAGGCCCUGUCCCACAUGCGUGACAGCCCAGCCUCCCUCAUUGUUCGCACAUGGAGCAGAGUCCCAUCCAAUGAUCAUCUCCGAUUGGCAAACAGCUUUAUCAGCAGGAGCUGAGAGCGGCCUUUGCUAUAUAAUCUUCGAGGCUUGUUCGAGUGGGGAUGUCUCCUUUGCAAACUCCUUCAGCUAGUUCAUCAUGAUGUGCAGCCUGCUGUACCUUCUCACCGUCCUUCUCUGCUCCUUGCCCUCUGUGCACAGCUCCAUCUGGGGAUGGCUGUACUCUUUGCCUAACGACAGUGCCACUGAGGUGGCAUACUCACGGCCAUCGCAUAGCCUGGAACCCACGGUGUGCAGCCAGGAACUACAUUGCCCCCGUGGGUUCUUCUGUGACCACCACUUUGGAAGCUGUGCAAUCUUCAGACAAGAAGGCGAGUUCUGCCGUCAGGAUGCCCACUGUGCCAGGGGUCUAAACUGCAUGUUUGGCAAGUGUCACCCGAUUGUGCCUAGUGGGCAGGAAGGUGCCCGCUGCCAUGAAGAUAAGGACUGCACUUCAGAUGCUUGCUGUGCCCGUGUCCAUGGGGAGAUGGUUUGCAAACGACGACUGCAUUUAGAUGAAGGAUGCUACAUCCCACAAGGAGGGAUUGCAUUCAGCAUAAACCAGGUGUGCCCCUGCCUAGAAGGGCUAAUAUGCAGAAGGACGCCCCCUAACAAGAUACCAUCUCAUCAGCGGACAGAGAAACAUGACUGGAAAUGCCAGACAAAAUAAACAGGAAGGAAACACAAUGUUUACAUAACUGUAUUUAUUCCAUGUAAAUACUACUGUACAUAAAUAACACUUUUUGUUCACCCAGGCCUUUAAAAAUUUGUUCUUUAAAACUGAAUUUUUUUUAAAAAGGUUUUUAAAUUAUUAUGUAAUGUAUUUUGUUGUUUUUUGUGUGUUGUGAUUUCAUGUGUUAUGUGUUUUUUUACUUGAUGUUUUAAUGCUGUAUUGUGAGCCUCCCUGAGAACAAUUUGCUAGGGGGGCAGCUAGCAAAGUUUGUAUUAUAUUAUUAUUAUUAUUACUACUACUGUACAUAUUGUUAUUCUGCCCUCUUCUUUCUGUUGGACAUUUGAAAAUAAAUGUAUCUGUACUGUAACCAAAUAACACAAUCUUUUAAAAUAAUAAAUUGAUGAUAGC